AUGGCUACAUCUACCUCCUUCGAGCCCAAUGCUGAAAAAGAUGGGCUCCAUUCAAGAUCUAAGAAUAUUUUAGAGAAUAAACACAAUAAUGGAAGAGAAUCCUAUACAAAAAACGCAGAUAAUGACGAAACUAUUAAAGAUACUUCAAAGUCAGGCUCUUUUUGUUUUACCAACAAAUGGGAACCAAUAAUUAUGCCAUUUGUUUUUACUCUUUUCGGCAUCUUUGUCAGAAUGUAUAAAAUUGGAGCUAAUAACCAUGUUGUUUGGGAUGAGGCUCAUUUUGGUAAAUUCGGUUCUUACUAUUUAAGGCAUGAAUUUUAUCAUGAUGUUCACCCACCUUUAGGUAAAAUGUUAGUCGGUUUAUCUGGUUUUAUUGCAGGUUAUAACGGGUCUUGGGAUUUCCCAUCUGGUGAAGUUUAUCCAGACUAUAUUGACUACGUUAAAAUGAGAAUAUUUAACGCCGCAUUUUCAUCCCUUUGUGUCCCCAUAGCCUAUUACACUGCAAAGGCCAUUGGUUUCUCUUUGCCUGUAGUUUGGUUAUUCACCUCUUUAGUUUGUUUUGAAACUACUUAUUGUACUUUGGGUAGAUUCAUUCUUUUAGAUUCUAUGUUACUUUUCUUUACUGUCGCUGCCUUCUAUUGUUUUGUCAUGUUCCAUAACCAAAGAUCAAAGCCUUUCUCUAGAAAAUGGUACAAAUGGUUAGGUUUAACAGGUAUUACAAUGGGUUGUGCUAUCUCCGUUAAGAUGGUUGGUCUUUUUGUUAUCACUUUAAUUGGUAUCUACACCGUCAUCGAUCUUUGGAAAUUAUUAGGUGAUAAAUCUGUUUCAUGGAAACAAUACGUUAGCCAUUGGAUGGCUAGAAUCGUUGGAUUAAUUAUUUUUCCAAUCUUAGUCUUUUUGCUAUGUUUUAAGAUCCAUUUCAUUCUUUUAUCUCAUUCUGGUACGGGUGAUGCCAAUAUGUCAUCUUUAUUUCAAGCUAAUUUAGUAGGAUCUGAAGUAGGUAUUGGUCCACGUAACGUUGCCAUUGGUUCUUCUAUAGUCUCCAUCAAAAAUCAAGCUUUAGGUGGUGCCUUGUUACAUUCUCAUAUCCAAACUUACCCUGAUGGUUCCAAUCAACAACAGAUUACAACGUAUGCACACAACGAUGCAAAUAAUGAUUGGAUUUUCCAAAGAGCAAGAAGUUUACCAGUUUGGUCAGAAAAUGAAACUGAAAUUGAAUAUGUUAAUGGAGGUGGCUCCUAUAGAUUACUCCACAGACUAACUGAGAAGAAUCUACAUACUCACCCAAUUGCUGCUCCAAUAAGUAAGAACGAAUUCGAGGUCUCUGGUUAUGGUUCUGUUGAAAAUGGUGAUCCAUUCGAUAAUUGGAUUAUUGAGAUUGUCGAUCAAAGAGGUUCUGAAGACAAAACCCAAUUACAUCCAUUGACUACAUCAUUCCGUAUUAAAAGUGAACGACUUGGUUGCUAUUUGGCUCAAACUGGUAACCAUCUACCUGAAUGGGGGUACAGACAGUUCGAAGUUGCUUGUGUUAAAAAUCCAUUUAAGAGAAAUAAGAGAACUUGGUGGAACAUUGAAACUCAUACCAAUGACAAAUUACCAUUACCUGACGAAAACUUCAGAUAUCCAAAAACUAGUUUUAUUAAAGAUUUCAUCCAUUUGAACUUAGCUAUGAUGGCAACCAAUAAUGCAUUAAUUCCAGAUCAUGAGAAACUCGAUUAUUUAGCUUCUUCCGCAUGGGAAUGGCCAACUUUACAUAUUGGUCUAAGAUUGAACGGUUGGAGUGAUGAUGUACUAAAGUAUUAUCUUUUAGGUUUACCAUUCUCCACUUGGCCUUCUACUGUAUCUGUUUUUGCUAUGAUGUUCACUGUGGUCGCUUUAUUCCUAAGAUGGAUUAGACAACUACCUGUUUUCAAAACAUCAGACGAUGCUAAUGUCUUUGAAAUGGGUGGGUUCUACCCAUUACUGGGUUGGGGUUUACAUUUCAUGCCAUUUGUUAUCAUGUCAAGAGUUACUUACGUCCAUCAUUAUUUACCAGCGUUAUACUUUGCUUUGAUAAUUUUAGCUUAUUAUUUCGAUGUUCUUUUGAAGGCUCCAACUAUAUUCUUGCAGAAAUUAUCAAAAAGAUUGAGAUAUGGUAUAUUCGUCACUUAUUUUAUUAUGCUACUUAGUGGAUUCUAUUACUUUUCUCCAAUAGCAUUUGGUAUGGAGGGUCCAAACCGUGAUUUCCAAUACUUGAACUGGUUAGGUUCUUGGACCAUCACUGAUAAACCAUAA